GUAACUGUUUCUUCAAUUUUGUUUUUAUAAAACUCGUAUAAAUCAUUCAAAUUGUUUGAUGACGGAUCAUAAAUAAUGUUUAUUAAUUGACAAGGGUUAUAAGCGUAAUCGCUGUGUAAUAAUUUUAUCUAAUAAGAAAAAAUAUAUAUCGAAUACAUAUUCCACUUUAAUAAAAUGUUUGUGUAUCUGAGUAAAAAGAUAGCUAUACCAAAUAAUUUUCGGCUUAAUUGUAUAGCAUGGAAUCAGAAAGAAGGUUAUAUAGCAGUUGGAGGAGAAGAUGGACUAUUGAAAGUGCUUAGAGUGGAUUCCAAUGCUAAUAGUUCUACCAGUGGUGGGAAGUCCCGUAAUUUAACUGCUGCUAGUAAUUUAAGUAUGAAUCAGACUUUAGAAGGUCAUAAUAGCCAUGUACAAGUAGUCACUUGGAACGAACAGCACCAGAAAUUGACCUCUAGCGAUCAAAAUGGUGUGAUUAUUGUUUGGAUGUUAUACAAAGGCUCUUGGUACGAUGAGAUGAUAAACAAUUGUAAUAAAUCAGUUGUCAAAGGAAUGGCAUGGAGUUUGGAUGGUUUAAAAAUUUGCAUAGUUUAUGAAGAUGGAGCAGUUAUUGUUGGUUCUGUUGAAGGCAAUAGAAUUUGGGGAAAAGAAUUGAAGAAUAUAUCUCUUGCUGCUGUGCAAUGGUCCCCGGAUGGGAAAUUACUGCUGUUUGGUUUAAAAAAUGGCGAAGUUCAUCUUUAUGACAAUCAAGGGGUCUUUUUAACAAAGUUGUCUAUGAUACCAGUCAACAGUGGCCAGGCUCCAACAAUAAUGGCACUGCAAUGGUAUGAUGGAAGAAAUGGCUAUAUUGCUUCUGAUUGCCCUACUCUAGCUAUUUGUUAUAGAAAUGGUAAAAUACAACUUAUGAGAGGUACAAAUGAUGAUAAUCCAAUUGUAAUAGAAACUGGUAUGACAACAGCAUGGUGUUGUUGGAAUAGUUGUGGUUCUUUAUUGGCAGUAACAGGUCUGAUGCCAAUGUUAGGUAAUGGGGAAACAAAAGGCACUAAUGUCAUUCAGUUCUAUACUCCGUUUGGUAAACAUAUGAGAACUCUGAAAGUACCUGGUAGAGAGGUUACAUGCUGUGCAUGGGAAGGAGGAUCUCUCAGAGUAGCUUUGUCGGUUGAUUCUCAUAUAUAUUUUGCAAAUAUCCGUUUGGAUUACAAGUGGACAUACUUCAGUAACACAGUUGUGUAUACAAAUGAAAAGAUCAGCAAAGACGGCAUUUCUAUUAUGUUUUGGAACACAGUCAAUAAUACAUGUUGCAAUAAAUAUGUAAGAGCAUUAAUAUCGUUAGAUUCGUAUGGAGAUCAUUGCGUGUUAGCAGUGAAGAAUAACAUGGUACAAGGAUCUGAACAAUUCGCUCUUUUAGUUUGCAAUUCAAUAGCCACUCCAAUAGAUACAAAGUUCAUAGAUUUGGAGCCACUAUGGGUGACCAUGACAAACAGUGUCGUCAUUACUGCAUCCAAAAAUAAUUUUCUGGUAUGGAGUUACCGCACUCCGCGUAAUAGCAUGUUGCAUACAGGGCGUCUUAAGAAAGAUAAAAUUUAUCAUAUAGACGAAACUCCGACCGGCGUGACAGAAGUAAUCCAAGAUUUAGACAAAGACAGAUCUUUUGUAACACCUAUCAAUACUAAAGCUACCAUGGACCCUAUUUGUUGCCUAUCCGCGACUGACAAUGUCUUAUUGGUAGGCAGAGAAUCAGGAAUGAUUCAGCGGUAUUCCUUACCGCAGAUAACUCUCACAAAUAGGUACAAUACGGCCUGUAAACUUUUUAAAAUUGCAAUUAAUUGCGACGCGUCACGGGUAUCCAUCAUAGAUACAACUGGUGUUUUGACUAUGCUGGAUUUGGAUGCAGAUUCUAAAAAAAACAGUUUCAAGGACGGAGAGUCGGCAGAUGGUGUAAACAAAUUUGAAAGAAAAGAUGUAUGGGCCAUGUGUUGGGCGCAAGACAAUCCAACUUUAUUGGCAAUCAUAGAGAAGACCAGAAUGUAUGUCCUAAGAGAAUAUGAUCCCGAAGAACCAAUAUCGUGUUCUGGAUAUAUUUGUUCGUUCCAAGAUUUAGAGAUACGAUGUGUCCUGUUGGAUGAUCUUAUGCAAAAACCGGAGGAUACAAAAAACGAAUUGAUAGUAGAUUUAGAAGUAAAGUCUUUGAGAGACACGAGAGAGCUAUUGGAUAAAGUGGGACUGAAGGAAGCCAAUAACUUCAUUCAGGACAACCCGCAUCCACGAUUGUGGCGUUUGUUGGCGGAGUCGGCGCUGAAGAAGCUGGACUUGGAAACUGCGGAAAACGCGAUGGUCCGUUGUACGGAUUACUUGGGCAUACAGUUUAUAAAACGUCUGCAGAACGUGCACAACGAUCAGUUGAAGAAAGCUGAGGUAGCGGCGUACCUUGGUAACUACGAUGAAGCGGAGAAAUUAUACUUAGACAUGGAUAGAAGAGAUUUGGCGAUCUCAUUGCGUCAGAAACUGGGGGACUACUUUCGCGUGGUGCAGUUGAUGAAAAUGGGUAUCGGUGGAUCUGACAAACAGAUGGAGUAUGCUUAUAACAAAAUUGGAGAAUAUUAUGCCGAACGACAGAAUUGGGAGGGGGCGAGGGAGUACUACGAAAAGAGCAGAAAUUUGGAGAAGCUGGUGGAGUGUUACUACAAGUUGGAAGACUUUAUUCAGUUGGCAGGAACUGUGCAACAAUUACCAGACAAGAGUCCCUUAUUGAAGACAGUGGCAAGGAUGUUAGCGUCUGUGGGCAUGUGCUCCCAGGCAGUUGCAGCUUAUAUAAAAUACGGGGACGUGAAACUAGCCGUGGAUACUUGUGUCCGACUUAAUCAUUGGGACCAGGCGGUCGAAUUGGCCAGGACCUAUAAAAUGGCCCAAAUUGGCGAAUUAUUAAAUAAGUACGCCACUCAUCUUUUGUCCAAUGGCAAGAGAUUGCAGGCAGUAGAACUGUACAAGAAAGCAAAUUACAAUCUGGAAGCAGCAAAGUUACUCUUUCAGUUGGCCGAGGAGCAGACGAAAACUAGAACAAAUCCCUUGCGCGUGAAGAAGAUCUAUGUUCUGGCAGCACUGCUGAUCGAGGAUCAUAUUAACAGUACUCCGGCAAUUAAAGGGGCCCGAAGCAACGUUGUGAUGGGUAUAGCAGAGAACAAUGAAGAUACACGUAUCAUAGAGAAUGCCUGGAAGGGCGCAGAAGCGAAUCACUUUCUUUUAUUGGCUCAUAGACAAAUAUAUUCAGGAAACAUUGAUGCAGCCAUGAAAACAGCCUUGCGACUCCGAGAGUACGAGGACAUUUUGGAACCUGAGGAUAUUUACUGUCUACUUGCUCUGUCCAGCGCAGUUAAUCAUGCUUUUGCUGUCUGUUCCAAGGCGUUCAUUAAAUUAGAAUCGUUGGAAAGUAUCUCGGAAUCGACCAGAGAAGAGUACGAAGAUUUGGCGGUGGAUAUUUUCACCAAAAACAGCCCGAAAGAUGUACGCAACUCUAAAACGGAGUGUGCGAAUUGCGAAAGUCUUGUACCAGAUUGGUGCGUCGCGUGUCCUAAUUGUAUGACUAGAUUUCCGCCUUGUAUCAUUUCUGGAAAGCCACUAAUGGAUCUCAGUAACGCGUGGAUAUGUACUGUUUGUAGGCACUAUGUCGCGACAGAGCGUGAUGUUGUUAAUAUUAAUGCUUGCCCCUUGUGUCACAGCACAGUUACGUACAUGUAAUUCAUGAGUGUAAGUAUGCACAGUUCAAAUAUGACACAUCUUAUUGUUUACGUUCAUCAUAUAGAAAGCAUGUCACGUUUUCAUGUGUAUACACGUAGUUUGAAACAA